AGUUUGAUUCAACUCAAGUUGCCACCACCACUUGCACCAGCUCUUCAGCUUCUGCUAGUAGCCCCUUUUUCAUUUGUUGAAAUUUUCAUUUCUUCUCUAAACCAGAACAAUGGGAUUCUCCGAGGCCAGUCAAGAUAUGGGCACCGUCUCCGGUCUUUACCUGGAUGAUGAGUACUACCUUCACUACCCCAAGGGUAUGAAGAUGACCGAUGGCAUCCCCGCUGAUGUCAUGCAGGUCAUCGACCCUCAAUGGAGCCAAUUAGCUCCAGCCAAUCCCUUGAUUCCCCAUUUCUUUGGGAUCAUGUUCUUCUUCCUUUGGAUUGUCUCCUUCAUGGGCAACAGUUGCGUGAUCUUCAUCUUCUUGAAGGUCAAGUCCCUCCGGACACCGACUAACAUGUUCGUGAUCAACUUGGCCUUGUCCGAUCUGAUCAUGAUGACAACCAUGGGACCACCCGUGACCAUCAACGUGUUUAUGCAGAGAUAUUGGGCUUGGGGAGCAUUCGGAUGCAAGCUCUACGGCUUCCUCGGAGCCGUGUGCGGCGUCGUGUCCAUCCUCUCCAUGGUGGUUAUUGGUUAUGACCGAUACAAUGUGAUUGUCAAGGGAUUCAAUGGAGUCAAGAUCACCAGCGGCAAGGCCUUGGCCAUUCUUUUGGCCAUCUGGGGCUACUCCAUUGGCAUCUCUCUCCCUCCUCUUUUGGACGUGUGGGGUGGAUACUCCACUGAGGGCAUGCUCUUCACUUGCUCUUAUGACUACUUGAACCAGGAUUGGAACCACAAGAGCUACGUUCUCUUUGGUUUCUUCUUCUGCUACCUGAUCCCAAUGACCAUGAUCUUCUUCUUCUACAGCAGCAUUGUCAAGGCUGUUUGGGCUCAUGAGCACACCAACCAAAAUGCCGAAACCGCCGAGGUGCGCAUUGCCAAGGUGGCUGUGACCAACGUGUCUUUGUGGGCUGGAAUCUGGAGUCCCUAUGCUUUCGUGGUCCUGAUGGCCGUGAUUGGCAGCAAGGGAUCCAUCACUCCUCUCGUGUCUCAGAUCCCCGCUUUCUGCGCCAAGACCGCUUCGUGCUUCAACCCCAUCAUCUACGCCAUGAGCCAUCCUAAGUACCGUGAGGCCCUCACCCGAGAGUUGCCCUGCUUGGGUAUCGAAGAGCACGUGGACUAUGAUGCCGGAACCACCAAGGAGACCGUCAAGUCUGAGAAAGCUUAAGAAUUGCUUGAAGCAUUGAGAUUGAGUUUGAAAUUCCGCCCCCGAAACAAAUUCUGUGAUAUGAUCAGACUAGUUUGGCUUUGUUGGACUGAUUGCGAUUUCUUUCAUUUUGUCGCGUUCAUUCUGUUUGUGAAUAUUUGUUGUGAUUGGUCGUGAAUCUCAUACUUCAUUAUAGAGGAAAGGUUAACCUAAACGAUGAGACGUAAGAGUCCUGGCCCGCCGUUUUUGAAUCGUUGAUUUCUAAAUUGUCGUCACAUUCAUUUCAAUUUAUUUCGCAUUCUUCAGCAUGAAUAAAAAUCCCUCCGGAUAA